AAUAUUGCUAAUAUGGCGGUUGAGUUUUCUCAGUUGAUAACGACGACGACGACGUAGAAAAGAUAAUGGAAAUAUAUAACCGUACAAGGAGAAAUCAACUUGUUUUAACUGUUUGUUUAUAACGAAAUUUAAAUGAAUGCUGAACGUAUAAAUAUGAAGGAAGAAAAGGAAAAAAGUUGCUUGGAAACGACGAUUGAACAGUGCCAGCAGAUGCAAAGGCUCAUAGAUAUCUCUGCUCAAGGUGUAAUCAAAUUGCGAGAUAUGACGAUCGAAACUGAAAGCGCAGCCUUAAUAGAAAUACAAGAAUUGGAGGCAAAAAUGAUUAAGAAUUAUGCACUACAACUGAAAGCCAAACAAGAUGUACCUGAAAGCGAAAUGCCCCGCGAAUUACGUCAAUAUCCACAAUUAACUACAUGGCUAAAGGUAGUUGGUUUCAGUGAAUUGAUGGCAGAAAAUUUAUCAAAGCACUUUAAUUAUAUGGACAAUCUGUUACGUAUGGAAGAUGCUGAUAUUCGAAAUGUAUUAAUUAACUUUGAUUGUGAGAAGCAUACAGAUCAGCUUAUAAUGGCUCUUAAUAAACUUAGAAGAUAUGAGACCUCUUCACCAGACUCUGAUUUGUAUUGGUCAUCUUCCCCACCGUCCGCUAGCCUCCAUCGAACCAUUUCUCAACAACAACCCGAAUGGCAUUUUAAUAAGCAACCAAUCAAUACGUUUUACAGGACUACUUCAACCACUCCUUCUCAUUCAACACCGGUGUCUCCGUCCCCUUCUCCAAGUCAUUGGGCCAACCGAUAUAAAACGGCAAAGAAUGCUACUCCUCCACCUCAUAAACGUUUAACAAUUUAUCCAACUGAGGGCAAUUUUCCACCUCCACUUCAUAUAUCUAGAAGCUACGAGUCGCAGUUGGCAGCCCGCGUGGCUAAUCACCAUUUAGACACUGAAGCUAAUCGGUCAAAGAAUCAAAAACCAAUGCCCAACUUGUCGAUUAACGGUAAAAUUCCGCAAACGCCGAGAAGAAGAUCGGCAGGCGACCCGGAAACAUUACAAAGGAUGGCUUCAGAGAACCAAUUGCCUGCGCCUACAAGUCCAAAGAAUAUCAAUGUAACACCUCGUAGGAGCAUGAAGCACUCAAUCACUCAUAUGUUUCAAAAAAAGUUCUUCUUGGGAGAUAAUUGCGAUCAUUGCUCAAGAAAGAUGGUAGCCCUUGGGAAAAUAUGCAAACAUUGUAAACAGAAAUUUCAUAGCGAGUGCGCGGCAAAGACACCCCCUCGUUCCUGUGGUCUACCUGAUCAGUAUCUUGACUUUUUCCUUGAGACAAAUAGUAGUAUGGAUUCGCCUUCGGUUUCAAGACGCAUGGGUUACCCUUCGAUGUCUAAUGAAGCGGUUCAAAUGGCCGAAACGGUCUCCAUGGCUUCUUCGUGCAAUUCGUCUUCUUCUUCCUCGCCCGCGACAUUUAUGCCUAGCGCCAGCGUACCAAAUACUCCGUCUUCGACGGCCCAACCAUCGCCAAGAGUGCAUAUAACUUCCGAGAAUGGGUCAGUCGAAGCUUUUUCUUUUCCAGAUCAAGCGAUACUUCGUUCAAAGCCGAUGGACUAUAGGCCAUCGUCUCCUUCUACUGCUAGCACUUCGUCAAGUAGCACAACAGUUUCAGCUGUAACAAAUGAGGCUUCAACCAUGGUGGUUCUUAGCAAUUCCGGUCAUUCUAACCAAAUUAAUUCUGUAUCUGAAAAUUCUAAUUCAAAUUGUAUUGAUGAAAACGAAGACAUUAUUAAUACUUGUACAUCGAACGAUAGCGAUAAGAGUGAUGUAACACUUAUUGAUAGUGCCUCGGAUAAAGCAUCUAAUAUUGAGAGAUUCGAUUCGAUUGAGAGUUCAGAGGAAACCGGUCAUGGUCUCAGUCGAGUGAAUAGUAUAUCAGUUGCUCUAAAAGAAUGGGACAUUCCAAUAGAAGAUUUAAUUUGGGGAGAUAAGAUUGGAGAAGGACGAUUCGGCAGUGUUUGGAAGGGGAAAUGGCAUGGAGAGGUAGCCAUUAAAGCACUUGAUAUAGAUAAAGAGCUAGACGAAGAUGAGCAAUUAAGAGCCUUCAAGUUGGAAGUGUCCACACUUAGAAAAACCCGUCAUGAUAAUCUUGUACUCUUCCAAGGAGCUUGCAUGAAACCCCCUCGACUCGCCAUCGUGAUGAGUUAUUGUAAAGGGGAUACCCUUUACAAAAGUAUUCACGAGAGUAAAAGUAAAGUACAAAUGAGUAAAGCUAUACAAUUCGCUACCCAAAUUAUACAGGGACUGGGAUAUUUGCAUGCAAAACAAAUUGUACAUAAGGACUUGAAAAGCAAGAAUAUCUUUAUUGUCGGCAAUAAGAUAGUUAUUUCGGAUUUUGGACUACUCAGCUUAACAAAAUUAUGUAAUACUUAUAAGAAUAGGCGCUUAGGAGACGCCUCCUGGUUAUGUUAUUUAGCUCCUGAAUUGCUCAGAUCCUUAUAUGUUGGACGUCAACAACCGAAAGCGCCUAAUAUGCCUUUUUCAUUCGCUUCCGAUAUGUUCGCCUUUGGUACCGUUUGGUAUGAGUUAGUCUGCUCUGAAUGGCCUUUUAACAAACAACCAGCCGAAGCCAUAAUCUGGCAAGCAGGAAACGGAAUAAAACAACCACUAACGCACGUAAAUGCGUCUAAAGACGCAAAAGAUUUAAUAAUGAGUUGUUGGAAGUUUGACCCAUCGAAUCGGCCUAAUUAUAAUGAAGUACUUGCAAUAUUAAAGCAUUUGCCUAAGAAGAGACUAGCCCGUAGUCCCUCACACCCAGUUCAUUUAACUCGUUCCGCCGAAGCCGUCUUCUAGACGCCAACGUGCUUGCUUCAUGCUUGUAUAUUUCAUACAGCAAAAAAAAAAAAAAUGCAAUAAAAAAAUUUUUUUCUUGGAAGUGUCUUGCUAUGCAAGUCUUUACAAAAAAAAACGAUGUAUUUCUAGUCAUAAAUGGAAAUCAUAUUGGAAUACGAUUGUAUAAAAUUUUAAAAAUAACAACUUUUUUUUAUCUAUAUCUAUAUAUAGAAUUCUAUAUAUAUAUAUACAUAUAUGCAGUUCAGGCAUACAGAUAAACUUAUAAGCUUACACAAUCUUAACAUUCAUACAAAUGUUUAUAUUAAUAUUCUCUUUUUUUUAUAUAAAUGUGUAUAUUAAUUAUUUAUUAUUUUUAGUAAAAAUAAAAAAAGAUAACUUUUAACUAACAAAUCUUAAUCCUAAACAUCUUCUGUAUCCUUUAUAAGUUGAUCUUGUCCAUUACUUUUUUCUUCCGGUGGUAAAUUCUGUAUAUGUUCUUUCCAUAGUGCGGCAGUAAUAUCGUUUGUCGUUAUAAAAUUACAAUUAUGACCGAUAAGACGAAUCAAAAAGAUACCGUCGCUUCUCAGAUAUUUAGUAACAAAAUAUUUAAUCUUUUCAUCGGCGAGCUCUCCUUGAAAUCUGGCUGUUGCCAAGUGAUUUUUAAUGUAGCGUAACUUAUCACUCGGUAAGAUAGAUCUUAUCAGCCAGGUUAAAAAGUUCAACACGGUUAUAACAGCAACCAUCAUAAACCAGAACCAUAAAAAGACAUAGAUUUUCUCAUUAUACAUAUUAAUAGGGAGUACGCAUUGAACAGAAUAGCGAUGGACGUUUCCCAAACGCCUGACGAAAAAGUCGCACAUAGUAACCGUAGGAAAGGUAUGACUGGCUGAGCUCAUCCAAUGGUCUGCAUGCUCUUUUCCUUUAAGGAAAUCGAUUCCAAACGCUCCAUACUUCGUUCCUAAUAUUUUAUUUAAAACGAGUAAUUGAAUAAUUACAUUUGCGGCGUAUAAAACUUUCGAAAAGAGGAAUAUCAUUAAGAGAUAGCCUGAAAAACGUCUGGAACACACAGCAGAUUUGAUUUUGUUCAAGGUCGAAUUAUUUUCUCCUUUCCUGGCACUUGUAGCUGUCAGGAAGCGAUGUAUCUGUUUAGACAAGAACGUUAAGGUCUCCUCUCGUUUCUUCUUUUCUUUCAUAUCUGCAAUUUUGUGAGCAGUUUUGAGAAUAUCAUCCGAAUCCACUCCGGCACGAUCGUUUAAUCCAUGCCAAACGAAGGAUGGUAUAUAGAAGAACAAAGCCUGUCCUAGCAAUAUAAAAGGUAUCCAUUGAUAAUAGGGUAAUACUCUUCUUUUUUCAUUUUCAUGCUCUCUCGGUAUAUAAUCAUCAAAUGGAAGAUAAUAAGUAUUUUUAACCCAGCAAUAAGAAUUCAUAUACUUCUUAUGACUUCCGGUGAAAUGUUUCGGCUCCCAACAGUUAAGGGGUUUCCCAAUAAAAUACUGUUGGCCUGAUACGAUAAUUGCAAAUGCUACAAUUAUCGCUACAGUAUAUCUAGAGCUUAAACGAUCAGCCCAAUCGUCAUCUCUUUUCACAUUAUCACCCUUAGAGGCUCCUUUAACAACUUUAACAAUCUUAUCCAUAGUCCUAGACCUUGCUGAACGAGACUGUCAAUGAGAAUAUUUAAAAUAAUAUUAAAAAAAGAAAGAAACGUUGACUUUAGAGUUUAUGCAAAGUUCAUUUAAAUUUUUUUUUAAUGUAAAUAAACACGUGCGCAAAGAGAAAAAAAGGCCAGCGUUCUUAUCUAAUAGUUUUAGAGAUACGUGCACUUGUCAAUAUCUAGUGAAUUAUUAUUACUAUUUACAUUUUAUUUAAAUCGAACAUUCUCUAUUUAUCAGUUUAAGUUUAUAAAAAAAUUGUCGAUAAUAAAAC